CGGACGCGUUCCCCAGGAGCUCCGUACCAGAUACCGCACAAACCUGCUUUUCUGGGCUAACAAGCGAAACUACCCGGGCACUCCAACCCUCACCCGACACCGGAAACAAAAUGGGUCGGAAACACAAAAAAAAAACGACAAGGACUCUAACACCCACGAUAUCAGGGAACUUCUCCGGCGCUCGCAAAAGACCGCAUGGGACAAAAUGGCGGCAGGUGAGGAAGAUUAUUCCUAUUCCUCAGAUAACUUCUCCAUAGACCCCAGGGAAGGUGCAACAUGUGUCCUACUACCCACCUCAAAGCCCCAGCGCACCCCUACAGAAGAGCCAGUCACUGCCUCUGUACUUAAAAGCAUGCUGGCAUUAAA